AAAGAUCUAAUGAUAGGUUAAAUAGAUUCAAUGUAUUUUUCAUACAAAAUUUUUAAAAUUUGACCAUAAAAAUCAAACAUGGAAUAGUAGACGUACAAUCAAAUCUGAUAGAGAUAAUGGAAGGCGACGGAGCCCGAGGAAAAGGUGGCGGAGGAGGAGGAGGAGGAGGAAAGGUUACCGGCAUCCGACAUAUUGUGAGGUUGAAAGAGAUUCUGCAGAAGUGGCACAAUGUCACGUUGGGGCAUAAGGUGGCGGCGGCCAAGAGAGAAGGACGUCCAUUGUUGGCUCCUCCUCCCCCACCGCCGCCCCCAGCCCUAUGUAGCGGGGGAAUUUCCCCCGCCAUAUGCAAGAGGUUGAUGAUGGCCGGCGGGAGCUCGCAGUGGGACUCGGACGAGGAGAGUUGUGCGAGUCCCGACCCGCCGACCGGCAUCCCGAGAGGGUACUUGGGGGUGUACGUGGGCCCCGAGCAGCGGCGGUUCAUCAUCCCGACGAGCUACCUCGGGGACCCGCUGUUCAAGGUGUUGCUGGAGAAGGUGGAGGAGGAGUUCGGGUUCGAUCACGGCGGCGCUCUCACCAUUCCCUGUGAGACGGAGACCUUCAAGUAUCUCCUCAAAUGCAUGGAGAAUCACGAGAGGGAACAGCAACUUGUCCAUUCCCAACAGCACCCCGGCAGCUGCAGCGGCGACGCCGCCCCCAGCCACACCGGUAACUAAAUAAUUAUUCCCUCCUGCCUGAUACGGAGUGUAUAGAAACAAAUUCUCUUUUACUUAAACAAGUUUUAAGGAAUAUUCGUUUUGUACCUUUCAACACUUCUUUGAAUUUCUUAAAAUCAAAGUAUAAUUUCAUUUUGAAAGGGAGAUAAUGCAUUGUAUAAAGGUUGGAGUGUUGU